AUGAUCAGUGGGUCAUUAGAAGGUGUAAUGAAAUUUCUGAGUCAGUAUCAUCUUGUUGAAUCCUUAGAAGAUUCAACGAACUCUGUAUCUUCUUCAUUGUUUGUAACGGAGUUGAUGGAGGAUGCAUCUUCUUCAGGAUCGUGUACAUUCUUCUCAUCUUCAAAUGGACCUUUGUAUGAAUUAUCUGGGUUUGCUCAACUCCCAUCAAAAGAGGUCUUUCAAAGUUUAUCAGGGGAAUUCUCAAUCUUUUACAUCUUUAGCAAGUGUGAAGAACCUGGAAGAUCUUGUAAAGAAGGGAGCUUCUGUAGAUUAAAAAUGAAGUCUUGCAAGACUAGGCAGCUGGCCUUCAGUACAGAAGAACUUAUGAUCUGGGCAAAAAGAAUAUCGAAACUCGCAUGCGACAGAGAUACUAGAAAAUCUACUACAGCAUAUUGUUUUAUUCUUGGUGGGAAUUGUGUGAGCUGGAAGUCACAAUUACAACCCCUGGUUGCUUUAUCCACAACUGAGGCUGAAUAUGUGGCUCUAACUGAUGCGUUUAAGGAAGCAAUUUGGUUGCAAGGUAUUCCGAAAGAGGCUAACUAG